CCCCACCUCCCCCCCCCUCCCCGGACCACGCAAAACACCCGCUACGUUUUUAACCACCGGGACACCCGGCGUCAUGUCGGACUUCGAGGAAUUCGAGAAGCAGCUGAGCGAGAAUCGGCAGGAGAGGGAGAGGGAGCGACACAAGAAGAGGAGACGCAGCGGAUCUCCUGCACGAGGCGACAAGCACCGCAGCUGGAGCCGCAGCCGGGAGGAGAAGAGGAGCCGGGAGGAGAAGAGGAGCCGGGAGGAGAAGAGGAGCUCCUCCGGGGACCACCGGAAGCACAGCCGCUCUCCGAGGCGAACAAGGAAGAAAAGAACCCGCAAGUACUGGGAUGUUCCUCCGCCGGGCUUUGAGCACAUCACACCGUUGCAAUAUAAAGCUCUGCAAGCGGCCGGGCAGAUCCCGACGAUGGCCCUGCUGACGGCGUCCGCCUCCACCGGGGGGGCGGCGGCGGCGCCGACCCAGGUGGCCGUGGUGGGCAGUCAGAUGACCAGACAAGCCCGACGCCUCUACGUGGGGAAUAUUCCUUUCGGAGUAACCGAGGAGUCCAUGGCCGAGUUCUUCAACGCUCAGAUGAGGCUCGCCGGCCUUUCGCAGGCGCCGAGCAACCCUGUGCUCGCCGUGCAGAUCAAUCAGGAUAAAAACUUUGCUUUCUUAGAGUUUCGGUCCGUUGACGAGACGACGCAGGCGAUGGCCUUCGACGGGAUCAUUUUCCAGGGUCAGUCGCUGAAGAUCAGACGACCCCACGACUACCGGCCUUUACCCGGCAUCUCGGAGCAGCCCGCUUUCCACGUUCCAGGCGUCGUCUCCACAGUCGUCCCCGACUCGCCCCACAAGCUGUUCAUAGGAGGCCUGCCCAACUACCUGAACGACGACCAGCUAGGGGCCCGUAAGAUCGUUAAGAUCUGCGCUCAUAGUUUGUUCGGUAGUACUCGUCUCCUGCUGCCCGUGCCAACGUGUAACACAAGGCAAGUCAAGGAGCUCCUGACGUCGUUUGGGCCUCUCAAAGCGUUCAACCUGGUGAAGGACAGCGCCACGUCGCUGUCCAAAGGUUACGCCUUCUGCGAGUACGUGGACGUCGGCGCCACCGACCAGGCGGUGGCCGGACUCAACGGGAUGCAGCUGGGCGACAAGAAGCUCAUCGUCCAGAGGGCGAGCGUCGGAGCGAAGAGCGCCAACCCCACCUCCGUCGUAGAGACUCCGGUGACGCUGCAGGUCCCCGGGCUCCACCGGCUGCAGAGCUCGGCCGUGCCCACAGAGGUGCUGUGCCUCCUCAACAUGGUGGUGGCCGAGGAGCUGGUGGACGACGAGGACUACGAGGAGAUCCUGGACGACGUCCGCGAGGAGUGCCGCAAGUACGGCGCCGUGCGCUCCGUGGAGAUCCCGAGACCCGUCGGCGGGCUGGAGGUCCCCGGCUGCGGGAAGAUCUUCGUGGAGUACGUUUCUGCUGCCGACUGUCAGGAGGCCAUGCGAGCUCUCACUGGCCGCAAGUUUGCAAACAGAGUGGUGGUCACCAAAUACUACGAUCCGGACAUGUACCACAGACACGAGUUUUGAGUCCCGGCUUCCUGUCACUGAGCCAUGUGGCUCCAGUCGGUUUCUUCCCUCUGAAAUUUUGGUCAGCGCGUCGAGGAGAAGACUUUCAUUCGUUUCAUUACGUCUUCUACUUAAGAAACUGGACUGCAGUGUGUGUUUUUCUUCACUGCUUCUUCAACAGCUUUUUAGCGACCGUUCUCACUUUAACAAGUAUAGUGUAGUAUCUAUUAGGUUUGUAGUAGAAUGGUUGUGACAUGCAUCGUCCCAUAAACUAAUACUGCCCGACGAUGCCAGAGUAGCUGUGUGAUCCAGAAUGCUCUGUAUGAGAAGAAAAAACAAACAGUCAAAUGUUUAGAUUUAACUGCCGAGCACAAGCCUUCACUGCUCUGUUUUAUUUUUGAGAAGCAUUCAUUAAUCUUUAUUGUGGGGCUGUAAGAAUGAAAUAUUGUAUUUAUUUAAUAUUUUCUAUUGUUCCUUCACCACUUAUAUAACACUACAUGUACUGCUUACAUACACAGAAUGUCCAUGUAUUUUUUUGCACCCUCAAAGGUAAUUUUGUAAAUAUCAAAGUGCACAUAAUGUAUGCCCAGACUUUGGCACACAGAUUAAGGUCUUUUUUUUGCAGUAUUAUAAAACCCAAGCAACGUUUUCUGAGAAAUGAGAUCCAAAAAACACUCUCCUCAUCGCCAAAGAGAAUAAAGCAGAGAUGCGUGAGAUUAUACGUGAACCAUCUAAAGGAAGAAGAAAUAUAUAAAAUUGGCAAUGAACACAAGAAGCUUAGCAACCGUAACCAGGGCUGUAGUGAGGACAACACUCAGACCGAUACCAAGAGUAGAACUAAAGUUUGAAGUAUAUACUAAACUGUCAGUUCCAAAGCUAAACAGCUUAGUAGAUAACGUAGCUCUAACUCAGGAGGUCAAGGGGCAAGAUGCUAAUGCUAAAGCCAGUUUGUGCGUUAAAGUGGACGUAGCCAUGAAGCUAGUCCGGGUCUUGCUAUCAUGCUAACGUUAGCGGCUCUCCUUUGCUCUUCAAUGACAUUCAAAACAAAAGCAGCUAAUGUUCCCUUAGUAUGAAUAAAAAUGUAAAAUAUAUUUAAUCUAUUUAUAUAUAACUAUUGCUGGUUAUGUCCAUCUAACCAGCAAUAGUUUACCAUUUGUUGCCAAAAUGAAAGUGAACAAAAUAAACUUUGUUGUCAUGGUU